AUGUCAAUCCCUGUGGACCUGCUUCAGCCUCAACCAGCCUCAGAACCCACUACAAGAACUGUACCUCGACCAUCGGCUACCGCUUCCCGCUUCACCAACAAGAAACAAACAAAAUCUACAGGCCAACGGUCGUCACCCCAGACCCCUCCACCCAAAAAACAAAGGAGGAGAAGCAGCCCCCAUUCAUGGACAGCACUCCAGCAACGCCGACCGGCAGAAACAGAAACAUCUACCAUGGAACCAGUACAAACCACAACACCGACAACCUCUGGAAUACCAACUGGAACCCCAACUGAAACAGCACCUCAGGCACCCACUCCAAUGACACAGACCCCGGCCAUAGCAGCAGCACAGCAAGCAUCUGCACCAGACACUGAACUUGAAGAGCUUGAAGAGCUGGAAGUCACCUACAUCCACCCAAUACCAUUAGCCAUACCAGGCAUACCGGACAGAAGCAAACCUUGCUACUGCCUCUUUAUCGACCAGGAGGUAGUCUUCAAUGGCAACAGCACUACUAGAAAAGCCCUGUGCCAUAGAAUGUAA